AUGAUGACUGGACCUGGCCAGCAGCAACAGCUGCAGAACGAGGACCGGAAGACCAAGGGGCAACAGCAGCAGCCCACACGCCAACAGCCCCAGCAGGCCUCCCGCAAGUCUGCCGAGAAGCAAAAUUCCACUUCUUCAGCCGGCACCGAUACCAAGGAUGUACUGCUUCAACUAAAAGAAGAACUCAUUGACACUGCCCCAAACCAAGGAGAAAAUAUCAUUCUGGCCUUGGACAUCAAGGGCGCCUUUGAUAAUGUGAGCCAUCAAGCCAUUCUCGACGUCCUCGCUGCUGCCCUUCACUGCGGACAGCGCACCUACAGUUAUGUUCAGGCAUUCCUGUCGGACCACACCGCCACGGUCGCUCUCGGGUCAAUCUGCUCAAACAUCACCAAGGUUCACAACAAGGGCACCCCUCAGGGCUCAGCAAUCUCCCCGCUACUGUUCAACUUAGCCAAUGUUGGUCUUGCGCACGAACUCCAUCGCAUUGAUGGCAUCCAUCACGCAAUGCACGCGGAUGACAUCACAAUCUGGGCUACGCGGGUGUGCCUUGGAGAAAAAGAUCAUAACUUGCAGAAAGCAGCCACCUGCGUCGAACAAUACGUACAGGCACGUGGCCUGGCCUGUGCAACCGAGAAGUCUGAACUCCUGAGAAUCUGGCAACACAAGCCCCCCCAUACGGCGCAGAAGGACCCAGGCUACAGCCUGCGCGUCGUUGUCGCCGGCCAACAAAUCCCAGAGAAAACCACCAUCCGUAUAUUGGGAAUUUGGAUCCAGUCAAACCUCCAUGUGAAUCACACCCUCAGUAUCCUCCGCACUACCACAUUGAAGGUUGCCCGAAUGAUAUCCCGGGUCGCCACUCGUCGCCACGGUAUGCGCGAAGAGGGCACCCUGAAACUCAUACGCAGCCUCGUGGACCAAGUGGAAGCCAUGCUCCGGAAGGCCUAUAAGGCGGCACUCAAGCUACCCCUGGGCACUCCCACGAGCAAGCUCCUCGCAUUGGGUCUGCACAACACCUAUGCAGAACUUUGCGAAGCGCAACUCGCCACGCAGCUGCAGCAGACUUGCACAAACACCACCGGGCUGCGCACUACUACGACGUCUCAGCUAUACCGGCCAGCUCCAUGA